GCUCAGCAGCAACAGAAGGAAAAACCCUUCGGUGCCGUGGCACUCUGGAUGUGGAUUACAGCACGCAGGAGUCGUCUUAUGAGCAUUUCUGAAGAGGUUCGUCGCAUCAUUCUUAGCAGAAUCUUCACGGUGGAUAUUUAUACCCUCAGAGGGAAGGUGCAUUUCUAAGAGAAUCUAAGUGAAGCUGCUGACAGCUGUGUGAAACCUGGCUGGGGAGAAUCUGGAGGAUUUCACCCUGACAAGCACCAAGGAGUUACACAAGGAAACUGCAGUCCAUCCGCUUUAUCCACCCAGGAUUCUACAGGUUGCUCUCACGCGUUGGGUUCAGACUUAAGUUUCCAACAUGACCACCAUGCAGAAGCUGCUGCAGCUGCCGGUGAGCGCCGUGAACAUGGUGAAGACGGUGCAGAGCCAGGUCCAGGGAGGCCAGGAGGAGGACAAGAGUCCGGUGCUGACCCCCGACGGUGUCCAGCAGACGUGGUACAGCGCCCUGCAGCCUGACGAGCUGCGCCACCUCCGAUCUGGAGGCACAGGUGGCGGAGGUGGAGGUGGAGGUGGUGGAAGGGACCAGGAUGAGCGAGCAGCACUGGAGGAAGGUGGCGGCAGCAGCAGUUUUCAAAAUCAACCUUUGCGACACGACGACCUGAAGGAGAUGCUGGACAGCAACAAAGACUCACUGAAGCUGGAGGCGAUGAAACGGAUCGUGGCCAUGAUCGCCCGAGGAAAAAACGCCUCAGAUCUCUUCCCUGCUGUGGUGAAAAACGUGGCGUGUAAAAACAUAGAGGUGAAGAAGUUGGUCUAUGUGUAUUUGGUGCGUUAUGCUGAGGAGCAGCAGGAUCUGGCUCUGCUCUCCAUUUCCACAUUUCAGCGAGGAUUGAAGGAUCCAAACCAGCUGAUCAGAGCGAGCGCCCUGCGAGUCCUCUCCAGCAUCCGCGUCACGAUAAUCGUCCCGAUAAUGAUGCUGGCCAUCAAAGAAGCUGCUUCCGACAUGUCUCCAUACGUCAGAAAGACUGCUGCUCACGCGAUUCCCAAACUCUACAGUUUGGAUCCAGAACAGAAGGACCAGCUGAUUGAAAUCAUAGAGAAACUCCUCGCUGACAAAACCACGCUGGUGGCAGGAAGUGUUGUCAUGGCUUUCGAAGAGGUGUGUCCAGAACGCAUUGACCUGAUCCACAAGAACUACAGGAAGCUGUGUAACCUCCUGAUCGAUGUGGAGGAGUGGGGGCAGGUCGUCAUCAUCAACAUGUUGACCCGCUACGCCAGAACGCAGUUCCUCAACCCAAACAUGAACGAGUCGCUGCUGGAGGAGGGGGGGGACAAGACCUUCUACGGCUCUGAUGAAGAUGAGGAUGAAGACGAGGAGGACGACAAAGAUAAGAAAGCCGAGGCUGCCUCCUUGGCCAAGAGGAAACCGUACGUGAUGGAUCCAGAUCACCGGCUUCUUCUGAGGAACACGAAGCCGCUGCUGCAGAGCCGCAACGCAGCUGUGGUGAUGGCUGUGGCUCAGCUGUAUUUCCAUCUUGCCCCUAAAGCAGAGGUCGGGGUGAUCGCCAAGGCCCUGGUGCGUCUCCUGAGGAGUCACAGUGAGGUCCAGUUUGUUGUUCUCCAGAACGUGGCAACCAUGUCGAUCAAGAGAAGGGGGAUGUUUGAGCCGUACCUGAAGAGCUUCUACAUCCGCUCCACUGACCCAACCCUGAUUAAAGUCCUCAAGCUGGAGGUUCUCACUAAUUUGGCCAAUGAGACGAACAUCUCCACCAUCCUCAGAGAGUUUCAGACGUACAUUAAAAGCAUGGAUAAAGAUUUUGUGGCUGCUACGAUCCAAGCAAUCGGCCGCUGUGCUACCAACAUCGGCGAGGUGAGGGACACGUGUCUGAACGGCCUGGUGCAGCUGCUGUCCAACCGAGACGAGUUGGUUGUGGCCGAGUCGGUGGUUGUUAUCAAGAAGUUGCUGCAGAUGCAACCGGAGAAGCACAGCGACAUCAUCAAGCACAUGGCCAAACUAACAGACAACAUCCAGGUGCCUAUGGCCAGGGCCAGUAUCUUGUGGCUGAUUGGAGAGUACUGUGAGCACGUACCCAAGAUCGCCCCGGAUGUCCUGAGGAAGAUGGCCAAGUCUUUUACGAAUGAAGACGACAUUGUCAAGCUGCAAAUCCUCAAUUUGGCUGCAAAGCUUUACCUCACCAACUCCAAACAGACCAAACUUUUGACGCAGUAUGUUCUCAACUUGGCCAAGUAUGACCAGAACUACGACAUCCGCGAUCGGGCGCGCUUCAUUCGCCAGCUCAUUGUGCCCACGGAGAAGUGUGGGGCUCUGAGCAAGUACGCCAAGAAACUGUUCCUCGCCCUCAAACCUGCACCGAUCCUCGAGUCUCCAUUUAAAGAUCGAGACCAUUUCCAGUUGGGUUCAUUGUCCCACCUGCUUAAUGCCAAGACUGGGGGCUACCAGGAGUUGCCUGACUGGCCUGAAGCGGCCCCAGAUCCCUCCGUGCGCAACGUGGAGGUGAAGGAGUCUGUGCCCGAGUGGACCAAGUGCAGCAGCCGGGAGAAGCGGAAGGAGAAGAAGGUGGAGAAGCCGUUCUACUCGGACUCAGAGGGCGAGUCAGGGCCGACAGAGUCAGCUGAUAGUGAGUCGGACUCUGUCAGCGGCUCAGAGAGUGGCAGCGGCAGUGGGAUGAGCAGGUCAGGAUCAGAAAGCGAAGCGAGCAAGGAAGGCUCUGAGUCUGAGGAGGAGGAGGAUGAAGAGGAGAAGGACAAAAAGAAGAAAAAGAAAGAAUUAAAGAAGCCGGUGCAAGAGAGUGAAAGUGAGCAGAGCAGUGAAGAAGAAGAGAGGAAGCGUGAGAGGAAAAGCAAACCACGCAAGAGCGCCUCAGAAACAGAAUCAGAUGAGGAGAGCGAGUCCGAAAGCAGCCAAUCAGAGUCUGACGACUCCGAUUCUGAGGUAGAGGUCAAAAAGAAAAAAAAGGCAGCUGAGUCUAAACCUCCCUCCAAACCUAUCAAGAUCGAGAGCAAGAAAGAGAAGAAAGAGAUGUCGCUACUCGACCUGGACGAUUUUGAGCCUGCACCCUCUCCUCAAGUCACGCCCAUCAACACCUUCCUGUCCAGCAGCCUCGCGACCGACCUGGAGGGCUUGUCUCUGUCCGACAGUGUUCUCUCCCCGGCAACCAUCGCCCCCUCCAGUGCGUUGAAGAGCUAUGAGCUGCUUCACCGCAUCACAGGGGAGGGUCUGUCGGUGGAGUACUGCUUCAGCCGGCAGCCCUUCAGCCCUGACGCCAACAUGGUGGCGGUGCAGAUGCAGUUCACCAACAGCGCCACGUCCGACGCCAAGAACCUGCACAUGGUGGACGUGAAGCUGCAUUCUGGCAUGAGAGUGAAAGAGUUCCCAGAGAUUGAGCUGCUGCCGACAGGUGAGACAUCCACAGCUGUGAUGGGCAUCGAUUUCUGUGACUCGACCCAAGCGGCGAACUUCCAGCUGUGCACCAACACCAGGAAGUUCUUCGUGUCUAUCCAGCCGCAGGUUGGGGAGCUGAUGAGGCCUGUCUUCCUGACUGAGAACGAAUUUAAAAAGGAGCAAGGUCAGCUGAUGGGCAUGAACGAAAUCACAGAGAAGCUGACUCUGGACAUCAAUUGCCGGAAUGAACACGCCAUCGUCCAGCGGGUGGCCACCGCCGCCAACCUCAGCAGAGUCCCCUGUGGUUCCGAUAAAGAGUGCAGGUUCGCCGGCCGCACAGUGACCAGCGGCAGCCUGGUGCUGGUAACCGUGGCGACCAAAGAGGGCGGAGCCGCCCAGCUGACGGUCAACUGUGAGAAGAUGGUGAUCGGCACCAUGCUGGUGAAGGACAUCCUCCUGGCUCUGACGCAGUGACUCGUGCCUGCGCUCUAACGCCAACCCAUGCCCCCACCUGGCUCCACCCACCUCUCACAUAUCGUCCAGGUCAUCACACGUGUAGCAUCUCCUCCGCUCUCGAGUCGAUGAGAGCGUUCCCAGAUUGUUUAACUCCAGGUUGUUGUUUUCUUAAAGAGACCCUCCACUCUCAGAAGCUGCUGAAUGCCACAGCUCGACGCGAUAUUCAUGACAAUCAGACCGAUGUUUGACUUGAUAGGAAAUCCUUUGCUCCCAUUUAAAGUUUCUUAUAUUCAUCUUCAAAUAAUAUUUGUUUUGCAAUAUUUGUUUGUUGCUUGAGGACAACAUUUAGUGGUCUCAAAAUCUGGAAUAUGACAAUUAACUCUCAUACAAAUGUCAGAAGUAACUCACUGCAAAAACCUCACAGGCACCUGAUUCAUGGUUCAAAUCUCAAUACAAGGUUCACCGACCUCAUGUUUUCUGAGCUUUCAGCUGCAUGUCAUGAUCUUCAUCAGUGGAUUUUGCCCCGCCUCUCGAAAUUGUGUUAAGUACAAUGCAAUGCUGCCACCCGCUGGCAUAGCAGGUUCAUCACAAUUAUCUGUUUUUUUAUUGGAAAAAAAUUAUCAUUAUUGGAAUAAUAAAUAAAAGAAAUAUUUUUCCUUUUAAUUAAUAAUAUUAAAACAAAACUAGACACAGCAUCGAGUGGCACCAGGUAAAGCUCAUCAAUAACCAGAGAAAGGUACUUUGAACUCAUUGGCACCCCCCACCCCCUGCAUCAUGAUCAAUUCUACGACGCGACCUGAUAUCAUGUGUGUAAACUCCAUCUGCUGGGGAAGACCAUGAGGUGUGGUGCAGAGCUUUGAAAAAAUUACAACUAGGAUUAUUUAUGUGGCCCUAACUGAGAAUGUAAAAGUUUAAGUCUGACAGACAGUCCAAUCCUGAGAAAAAACAGUUGUAUACGUGAUCCAGUUCCACCCAUAAAGCUUGGUGAAUUUAAUUGAAAAUAAAAAUUUAAUUUUUUAUAAUUCUUUGAGAAGUAGAAGAACAAAUCUGUCACAGCAGUUUAAAUUGAACGCUUGUUAGGUGCCAAUUAUCGGACUAUUUUAAGAUGUAGAUAUUAGAGUUGAUAGAGAAUACACUGUAGGUAAGAAUCCCAGAGAACAGGUCACCAUGAAAAACAUUUUUAAGGUCCUUAAGAUCUGCUUCAUCAAUACUCAUCCAGUGAUUUGAUUUAGAAAUCAAAUGUAGCAUGACGGCUCGACUAAGACAACUGUUACCUGCAACUGAACCGGUUUUGGCACAAUAACCAAUCAAUGACUCGCCACUCCUCUGAAAAGAGAAGGGUUUUCACGGCACCUCUGCGGUACAGUAGUUGUCAUAGUGUGAUGUUCAUUACAGUACGUGGGGCGUUGUAUAAAUGUCAUUGUAUGUAUUGCAACAUGUAAUGCAGUAAUGCUAUAAGGUGUGGUGUGUGUGAGUGUGUAUGCGUGUGUGUUUUUGUGGGUGUGAUGAUACUGAAUAUUGACCAGUCAAACAUUAAGAAGAAACUGUCUCUUUGUCCUGAAGCUCAUCACCAUCAUCAGUCGUCAGUCGGCUUGUAGCGGUGUUUGCUGAGUCAGCUGCAGGCUACAAAGAUUCAGAAAUGAUUUAUCCGUCUCUUAUUUCAUUGUUCAUUUGUCACCUCACCAACCUGGAAUUCUGAUGAAUGUCCACAAAUGAUGUCCAGCACCCACAGAUAUUCACUGGGAUAUCACAGAGACUUCAGGAAGCAGGAAGUCUCUGUGAUAUACGAAAGGUCCUGUCAAAAGCUGUUGUAUAUCCCCCAUGGAAAAGGACGCUGUGUUGACAUUAGACUCUAAAGAAUUGGAAACACAAUGAUGCUUAGUUUCAGUUGAUUGUUCACUAAUGAAACACUAGAAAUAUGUUGUUUAAUUUAUGUUAAAUGGAUUGUCAUGAAUCCUACACAGUGGACCUUUAAGUGGUUUGUCUCCAAGGCAUAAUUUGAUAUCUUUGUAAAGUACACUUUUACACAUGUUCACUACAUAGCUUCAGUCUGCAUUUUGUCCAACUCUUAAAUUAACUUUCACAACUGAACGAUGAUUUCCCUUUGAGGUUAUGGCCCGCUAUGUUUUUGAGAAUCAGUUAAAGUACCUUCCUGAUGUGUUGAUAAUGUCUGAGAUCUCCUGGUUAAUUGUCAGGUGACACUCCUCAUGCCUUUGUUGACAUUUGGAAUUUCACAUCAGAGGUUGUGUGCUCUCUUUUUUUGUUGUCGGCCCUUGUGUAGUGGCUGCACAUAUUUUUCUCAUCGUCAACACAUUGUUUGUGUUUCUAUUUAUUAAUUAAUUGUUUCUUUACUGUUGUGUUAUGUUUUUUUUUUACCUAGAGAGUACAGUCCAGCAGAACAUUGAACAGUUGAAUUGUUUAUUCGGACCUGAGAUUCACGGCAGCACAGCCAUUCUGAAGAAUGUAAAGAGGAAGGAAUAUCAAUUUUAAUGGAUACAAACAAAUCCAAUGAAAAUGUUUUCAUCGAAUUGGUUUUCAAAUAUCCAAAGUAUGGUUCAUCAUGCCCUGUGUGUGGUUGUGAAAUGUGGCCCUGAAGUAUUACAGGUUUAUUUAUUAUACAAAUAAAAAAAUAUAGAUACAAUA